AUGCCGCCCAAGAAAGCGCGCUCAAGCUCUCCCGCGACCGAGCGCCGUGAGCGUCUGACCUUAGCCAAACUGGCCAGCUAUGACGACGUCGCAACCGAUGCGCUGGUCGAUCACGUACGACUCCUGCUCACAUUUGGAAUCAUGGCACAGAAUACUGACUCCUUCUAUCCACAGGCUUACUUCUGGACCACUACACGCAAGAAUCGCAACAAGUACAGCCCUGCCCGCGGCGUCCACGACGACGAGGUCGGCUACAUCCUCCUCCACGAUGUUGUCGUCGCAAAGGAUAUCCCGACUGCGGAGCGUAAACUGCUUGAACUUCCUGGUCUCCGCAAAUACCUGGCCAACCUCCCCAGUCCUCGAGAGCAGGACUGGUUCCGCCGCCAUCUCCGCAAGUACAUUCAAAUGUACCACCCGGACUGCCCAUUUGAAGUGACGACCACCAAUCGUUACAUUAUCACCCAACACGAGGCUGCUAUCUGUGCCCGCAAGUUCAUCAAGGCUGGUCAAGAGAUCAAAUAUCUGGCCGGUACCCUCGUCGCCAUGACUAAAGAAGAGGAAAUGGACUUGGGUCUGACCCGCAAGGAUUUCAGCGUGGUCAUGUCUAGCCGCCGCAAGACCCCCUCUUUUUUCCUGGGGCCCGCUCGCUUUGCGAACCACGACUGCGAUGCCAACGGCCGUCUGGUCACUCGUGGGACCGAGGGCAUGUCGGUCAUGGCCACUCGUGACAUCCACGAAGGAGAAGAAAUCACAGUCUCCUACGGCGAGGAUUACUUUGGCAUUGACAACUGCGAGUGUCUGUGCAUGACCUGUGAACACGGGGUUCGCAACGGCUGGUCUCCCCCGGUGGACUCGGAUGAGAACGACAAGGAGUCUUCACCCGCUGGAAGUGACGAGACCGGUCUCAUGGAUCACGAGUCGGGAAGCAAGAAGCGCCGACGCGACUCUGACCCGGACAUGGAGGAUCCAUCCUCAGUCUGCUCCACUCCCAAGAAACGAGCCAAGUUUGCUCGCCAGACAUCCAAGCUGCGCGAGGAGAUCUGCAUGUCUGAUCUCCCCACUGAAUCAACUGCCACCCCAGAGCCUGAUAACCCUCCCACCCCCGAAUCCGACCUCGAGACUCCCGUCAUCUCUAUCUCCACUGGUGAGCGACAGGUCUCCAAACUGCGACAGGAGAUCAUUAUGACUGAAGAUGUCAAAUCUCCACCUGAGACACUACUCCCAUCUACUCAGGAAUCCGACCACUCUAAACUAGCCGAAACCGGUUUCGCUGUCAUCGACACCGACGCAGUUACCCUCAUCGAUCCUACCACAAUCACUAACCCCCCGACCAAUGGCCCGGCUGACUGCCACUCACCAAGCUCCACUGACGAGUCUCAUCGAUCUUCGGCCUCGAGUCUCCCAACUUCGGUGGAUGACGGAAUGAAACUGAAGACCGAAGAGCUCGCAGAAUCGAGCCACCUCGACCCUUCCCCAGGACUGGAAGAGGGUCAUCCCAAUAUCCCCAUCACAGGUCAGCCAGAAGCAGCCAUUCCCCUCCCUCGGAGUCCCACCCCCAGUGAACUCUCAGACUUAUCAGACUCCUUUGAACUAGACGAGACCCUGCAAACCGUUCUCAAGAAGCAACGGAAGCCACGCCGCAAGCGCAACUGGGCGAUCGUUGCCUCAGUUGAGACAGAAGUAACUGUCACCCGCUCCCCUGGUGAUUACACCAAGACCUCACGACUACUCGCCCAAAAGUACGAUCGUUGGGUCGACUGCCAAACCUGUGAAGCCUGGUUUGUGCAGUCAAACUCUUACCAGACACGCCGUGAGUGUCCACGGUGCGAGCGGCACUCGAAAAUCUACGGCUUCCAGUGGCCCAAGACCGACAAGGGCGCUGACCGGGAGGAGCGGGUGAUGGACCACCGCACCAUCCAUCGCUUCUUGUCUCCCGAUUCGGAGGCGCGUGUCUCUCGCCGAGACCGCGGUGUCAGUUUCGGCGUCACCCCUACCCCGGAGCUCUCGGAUACCCGCACUGAGACGCCGACGAGUGAUGCCAAUGAGCCUCGUCGCAACACUCGUUCAAGUCGGCCGCGGAACCGGGAGCUCCGGAUGACGAUGUAA